ACGCCCCUUCGCUCUUGCACGCAGUCUAAGGGGCGGGGCAGGUCUGCAGGCCAUCGCUGAAAAGUGAGGCGAAAAUGGAGCGAGAAGGAAAUUUCAUGACGGGGCAGUUGUUUGCCGCUGUGUUCAAAGGUGCACCGCUGGAGCAUGUCCGCGUGGAGGUCGGGAGGGAAGGAGUGCGAGUGAGUCGACACGACAUGGUGUAUGAGGAUAUCCUGGCUACCAAGGAUAUUGUUAAUAGAAGAACGGUAGAGCUGGAGAGAGGAGAAGACGGCCUGGGAAUCGCCAUCCAGGGAGGGUUAGAUUUCAAACUACCAAUCAGCAUUGACACUGUCUUUGAUGACUCACCAGCCUCCAGAUCUGAGGCAAUAGAAAGAGAAGAUGUUCUUUUAGAGGUCAAUGGAGAGGUGGUGUGGGGAAAGACACACGAAGAAGCAGCGGAUCUACUUAGGUCUGCAGGGGACAAUGUCACUCUCACUGUUGCCAAACUGGUGGAUAAAGAUGUGAUAGCAGAGAGGCAGGAGAGAGGAACGGGAGAAGACUAUUGGAUACCUUUCACCUCAGUGCCUCUCAAAAUGGCCACUGUAUCUUCAUAUGCUCACAGCACUGCCAUUAUGAGACCUAACUCGUUCCAGGUAAUAAGCUGUGACGAGAGGUCAAAGGUGACCCUCCACUGCGACGAGGGGAAGCGAGGUCAUAUGGAGGAGUGGCUGACUGCCAUAAGGAACAACAUCUCUCUUCUUCGUACCAGUGAGAUGAAGCAGCUCAAUGAAGAGAGAGAGGAUGAAGACAAGCUGGUAAUGAUGGGCUGGACCCACGAACUAUCUGUCGUCAACUCCACACACUAAAGUAUGGAGGAGAAAGUUUCUCUCUCUCAAGAAAUCUGAACUUCAUAUCUACGACUCUUACCCCAGUGAUGUACACGAGUGGUCCAGACCUGUGCACACGCAUAAACUGACUGAGAUCACUUGCAGAGUUCUCAAGCCUCAUGCACUGGACAACCAAAGAGCCCACUCCCUCCUCCUCUCUCUGGGAAGGGGUACACUCACAUCCUCUCGUUUGAGAUGAGACAGAGUCUCAGAGAGUGGACCCAGACCAUACACACACUGACAGUGGCCCAGAUCACUGCACUACAGGCAAUGCAGUUCCCUGGUCGGUGGAAGCAGAAGGACAUUGAUUUCUGCCUGGACCUGACACAGGGUUUCAUCGUCAGAGACAGAGAUACAAUGGUGGUGAAAUGGAAGAAACCGUUCAGCCAGUUGAGGUGUUCAUCAGACGACAACCACUCUUGGCUCAGACUGGAGUUUGGGAAAUCUCGGGCUCAGCACACUGAGACUCAGGAGAUAGAGUUAGAGGAGCUUCAUCUUGCUGUGGUUGCCAUGGAGUGUUUCAUGCUGGCGAAACUGUCGAACCUUGACCCUGGUUACAUCACGCAGACCGACUUCAUUCCAGAACCUUCUCCCUAGACCAACACAACCCCUGUAGCCUGUAGCCAGUUAUUAUUAUUAUUAUAGCCUUGCAUCCUAAUGCAAUGAACACAGGCAAAUACUCCUUAGUGCAUUGACCAAUCUUUUCACUUACUGCUUUGUGUUGGUGUGUGCAUAGGGACCGGAUUACAUUGUUG